CAUUAAUAUAUUGAAAAUUUCACACCUGCAAGCCGUCACGCGUCAAGCGCGAACCUUACAAUCAGUAGCACCAUCAUCUACGAGCCAUCACCGUGAUAUAGAACGUCGUAUCCUAGUCACCAUGCAACAGGAAGCAAUUGAAACACGCGACCAUGCAUGGGAGCGUCUGGUCAAAGCUGCAGUGCACCGUGCUAUAUACAAUGCUGAACCACGAGCACUCUCUCCGUGUCUUGAAAACACACGAACCACCAUUCUGAAGAGCAUCCGGCAGAUAGUGGAUGAGAAGAGCCAAAAAAAUGUCUGGUUGCACGGUUUUCCAGGCUCAGGCAAAACAUCUAUCCUAUUCACGAUUGCGGAGGAGCUACGGGCACAGGGACGUCUUGCCGGAACUUUUUUCUUCUCGCACAACAGUGUAGACACAACGAUGUGCGAUUAUGUCGUACCAACCCUUGCCUACCAGUUGGCACUUGCAUUCCCGUCGGUGAAAAGCGAUAUCAUCAGAGCCGUUGCUGAUGAUCCUGCAUUACUAUCAGAUCUGAAAUCUCGACAAGAUCAGAUCCAACGUCUCAUCAUCAAGCAUCUUUGGAGACUCCGAUUCAGACCUCCUGUAGCAUUCAUCAUCGAUGCACUAGACGAAUCCUGUUCCCCUCUAGAGGCUGUGCGGGUGGCACGCUUACUAGCGGAAGCCAUACGCGCCUACAAGGUUCUGGACGACAAGCCACUCGAUGCCCACAUCAUUCUAGCUAGCCGUCCCAGCUUGCACUUUGAUGGAUGGGAUCUUGGGCAAGGAUUUGGAGAUAUCCAAGAAAUAUCUUUACAGGAUGAUGGUGGGGAGACUCACAUGGACAUCCGUCGCUUCCUUGCGCACGAACUCCAGCGAGUCGUCAAUUCUCGUAAGCUUAGUCUUGGAGACGUACCAGAGUGGCCAUCUUCUAGUCAGAUGGAUAGUCUCGCUGCCAAGGUCGGGAACUCAUUUCUAUGCGCAUCCAUAGCGAUGAAAUAUAUUUCCCACCUGAAAAAAUACCCUCCAUCGAGGUUGGACGCAUUCCUAACAUCACCUAGCGCUACAGCAGACGCUUACGCCGACCUGGAUCACACGUAUCAGGAGAUCAUCAGGGACAAUAGCGACUUGAUCAGACAUCUGAUUGAUAUCGUCAAUCUAGCGCAGCCGCUCACACGUUCUCAACUCUUGCAGUUUUUCCCUUCGGAUCAGAGCGAGGGGCUCAACCUGGCUCUGGAAGAAUUUUCAUCGAUUCUCGUCGUGACACCUGAUCAACCCAUGAUUCCCAUCCAACCUUAUCAUUCAUCACUCAUCGAGUUUUUUGCAGACCCGAUGCGCUGUCAUGCCCAUUACAUCGAGCCUGCAGAGAUUCAUAGGGGUCUCGCACUCCAGUGUUUUAGGAUUCUACAAACACUCAAGACAAAUUUGUGUGAUCUGUCAGACUACACAACUAUGGUCGUCGAGGACAGUCAUUUCUGGCAAAAACGAGAUGUCAUGCUUCCUGAAAGCCUGCAAUAUGCUUGUCGUAACUGGGCGCACCAUCUGUCUCACGCAAAUGUCGAUGAGACACUUGUAUCGACAUUGGAGCAAUUUCUCCGUGUCCACAUUCUGCAAUGGAUCGAGGCCUUAUGUCUCUUAGGAGAGCUCAGCGAUGGUCCAAUAAUUUUACGGAAAGCCCUUGCCGCGGUU